AUGCAAUUGCUAAAUCAUAAUCAACGACCCUGUGAAACUUUUAGUUUUGGCUUUGCCAUCAUUAUUCUUGUUAGUUUUCUUUUUGAAAACACAUUUGCUGAAUAUGAUUGUUCAGCAAAAGAAGAUGGUUGGUAUUAUGAUCCCGAAUUUUGCCAUAUCUAUUGGCGAUGUAUACAUGGAACAUCAGAAGAAUUUGAAUGUGCUAGUGGUACAGCAUGGGAUCAUCAUGAAAAUCGUUGUAAUUGGCUUGAUAGUGUUGAUUGUUCACGUGCCGAAAAAACAACAGCAAAAUCCAUGUCUGACUAUGAUGAUGAACAAGAAAUUGUAGACGAAGAUAGUAAUAAUAAUAAUGAAGAAGAUGAUGAACAACCUAUUGUUGUUGUUAAAAAAACAAAAAAGAAAAAGAAGAAACAUCGAAAAAUAGAAUCAAAUAAAAGAAAACUUGAUGGUGAUAAUAAUGAAGAAAUUGAUGGCAAAGAUCGUGAGAUUCUUUUUUCAUCAUCUUAUGGAAAACUUUUUCUUCUAAUUAUUUCUCAAACAAGUUCGUCUAAUGAUUUUCUUUGUGCUGGACGUGAUGGAUUUUUUGCUGAUCCUGAAUAUUGCACGAGAUAUUAUCGAUGUUCGCAUGGAAUUGAUGAAGUUUUUGAAUGUCCAAGAGGUACUGCAUGGGAUGAAAUAACGAAAUCAUGUGCAUGGGUUGAUCAAGUUAAUUGUGAUCAAAAGAUAUUAGGUUAUUCAACAAAUACAACAACAUCAUCACGUAAAAAAUCUGAUACUGAAUCUGUUUUAUCUGACUCCAACGUAGCAUUAGCUGUAUCAUCAACAAAUGGAAAAGAUAAUAGUGGAAGUUCAUCAACUGCUGUUGAAUGUCAACCAACUGGAAUUUAUUCAAUACCUGAUCCAUCUGAAUGUAAUGCUUAUUAUCAAUGUGAAAAAGGUACACGAACAAGAUUAAAUUGUCCUGAAAGAAAAUUAUUUGAUAUUGAAAAACGUGAAUGUAAUGAAUAUGAACGAGUUUUUUGUGGAACAAGAGCAGCUAAUCUAGCUGAUAAAAAUCAAUGUAUCAAUAAACGUGAUGGUAUUCAUCCAGAUACAGAACGUGAUUGUCAUUUUUAUUAUCAAUGUGUAUCACAAAAUAAAAUGCGUGAAGCUAAAUGUCCAAGUGAUCAAAAAUUUAGUAGUUAUACAGGAAGAUGUGGUCCAGCAAGUAAUGCUCCAAUGCCAUGUGGUUCAUUUGUUCCUGGAAGUACUGCAAUAAAAAAUCAUCAGAAUAUUGGAAGUUUCAUUCAAAUAUUUUUGACGAUGAUUUUCUUCAUUAUAGUUUAUUUCCAAUGA